AAAAAUCAAAAUGUGUUUUACAAAAAAGGUACAAAAGUAGCUUAUGUGACCCAUGUGACCCUGGGGUACAAAACCAGUCAUAAUUGUAAUUUUUCUGAAAAUGAGAUGUACACAUCAUCUGAAGCUGAAUAAAUGAUCUCUCCAGUGAUGUGUGGUGUGUGACGAGAAGACAAUAUCUGUCUGAGAUACAACUAUCUGAAAAUCUGGAAUAUGAGGGAGACAAAAACAUCUAAAUAUUGAGAAAAUCAUCUUUAAAGUUGUUCAGAUGAAGUUCUUAGCAAUGCAUAUUACUAAUCAAACAUUAAGUUUUGAUAUAUUUACAGUAGGAGAUUUACUAAAUAUCUUCAUUGAACAUGAUCUUUACUUAAUAUCCUAAUGAUUUUUGCAAUAAAAGAGAAAUGUAUAAUUGUGACUCAUACAGUGUAUCGUUGUCUAUUUCUACAAAUACACCUGUGAUACUCUGCUUCUGUGCUGCAGGUGUAACUUAUAAACAGGUGUCUGAUAUGUGAAUGAGUGUUGCAUUAGAGGUUAAGAGAUGUUUCUGUCUGUGCAGAGAUGUUGUCCUCAUCUGUCCAGUCAUCAGCUGCUGAUGCUCCACAAACCCCUCACAGGAACAAGAGCAUCGGAGCGGCUCAUCCCGCCAUCUACCUGAACACCCGCUCGCACAAACUGCUCAGGAGAGCCAUACGCAUCUGGAAGAUGCCGAUCCCCAUCCUGAACCUCACGGGAUCUCUGAAGCCGAAGCCCAGGAGCUUCCGGGAGCAGCUGAAGCGAGUGGAAAUGCUUCGUAAUCGUUCUGAAGACUCGAUGAUUCGGAAGCCGAUGACUCGCUGCGUCAGAGACCUGCAGCUGUGCAGCUCCGGGACCGACUCGUCUCCAUCGCCCUCCAGCACCUCGCUGACGUCCCGGCGCAGCCUCCGCACGAGACCGGUCCACGUGCACCGCAGCCGCAGAUACCGGAGACAGCUACAGCUCUACCGGAUGCUGUCCAACAUCAGGAGACGCAGACGGAGCCGUGAGGGUCAGUCAUCACCCGCGGCAUCCUCUUGUGUUAAAGGCUCCUCUGAGAUUCAGGAUGAUGGCAGAGAUUCGUCGUCUACCCAGAAUCCUCCAGUGAUCCGGCCGCCGCCGAGAAAAACCAGUCGCCGCUUGUGGCGCAGACAACUGGACAGCAGCAGCUCAGACAACAGCCCGAUGACCGCCAACACAGCUCACAGACCGAGACCGGCGACCACAGACACACACACUCACAACACGAGUUCCUUCUCUUUCGCUGAUGUUUCAAGCGAGUCAGCCGAGUUUGAUUUCUCUGACAUUCAUUCUACUGCAAUCCAAGAAGCUCAUGCACACAGAAACAUUACCAGCCACGAUCCACCGGAUGAGGAAUCGACUCACAAACCUCUUAAGAUCACCGAAGCGAACACAGAUGAACAGGAAAAGCCUGACACAGCAUCAGCGCACUCUUUGGUUUCACGGCUGAAGACCUUUAAAGAAGAUCUCAAACACUGUGAAGAUGCCCCUGAGAUGAAACAAGAGUCCGUUCAGUUCAAGAGUCCUGCAUCCGUCAGAAACACACAGUGUACCGCAGACGCUCUCCAGAAACCAGACACUCCCAGACCCAAGUCAAGUGUGAAAUGGAAGAACGUUAUGAUGCAGAGAGCGCUGUGCUCUUUUACCUUUCUGUCUGAGGAUCAGGAUCCAACACACGAGUCCUGGAGCAGACCUACGCUGGAGGACGACUCAAGAGACUCAGAAAGAGCUGACGUGACGCCUGAAUGUCCUGAGAAACCAGCCGAGGAUAACGUGAAGAACCGAGCUGCGGGAGACGCUUGCAUACCACAGGAAAACAGCUCCUGAGUCUGACUCCAGUCAAUUCACAUGAAGACGAGAAGCAUCACAAGGGAUGAAUGUCGGAUAGAAGGACCCAUUUUUAUAUGCUUUUAUAACGUUUUAUAUUAGUCCUACAGUGAACUGACAUUUGUUUAGCAUUGACAUCCGUGUGAAUGAAUUAAUAUAUAUAUAUAUUUCAUGUAAUUGUAAUAA